AGCCUGUGGCUGGGCCUGCGGGAGAGCGCGCAGCGCUACUGCGGGUUGGCCUUGGAGGGGGCGCGCAGGGCUGUGGCUUCACUGCCUGAAGAUAUGAGACCUGGUCCCAAUCUGUAUGGUUUCCCGUGGGAAAUAGUCAUUUGCGCUGGCAUUGUUGGAGCCUUCACAAUUCUCUUGUUCCUGUAUAGAAGUUAUCAAUCAGUUAGAAGUCGACUUUAUGUAGGAAGGGAAAAACAGCUUGCCAAUAAAAUUGCUGAACUACUUGAAGAGAAAUGCAAAAUUCUUGAAAAACUCAGCCUUUGCAAAAAAGAGUUUGAAGAUUUAGAAUUGUCUCUGAAGGAUGAUAACAUUAUGAAAGAAUCAACAGACACGUCUUUUUUUGAGGAAAUGCAUGAAAAACUGAACAAGUCAAACUUGGAACUCAAGCAAGAAAUAGAGAAUCUAGAAAAAGAACUGGAAGAAGAAAAAUCUAAGCAAUCAGAAAAUGAUAACUUGGUGGCUGAAGUUCAGAAGAGAGUGGAGUCUUUAGAGAAUGAAGCAAAAUCUAUCCAGUCACAAAUUGAUGAGGCCAAGUCCACCCUAAAAGUAUAUGAGAUUAAUACAGAGAGACUCAAGACAGCCAUUCGAGAUGCAGUAGAUGAAAACUGCCAUCUCCAGGAAAGUGAGAAACAGCUUUUACAAGAAGCUGAAGGAUGGGGUGAACGAUUUAGCGAACUAAAUGAACAAACUAAGAUGUCUGAAUUGUCUAAAGCGGAUAUAGAAGAAGUAUUGAAAAACAAAGAGAGUCAAGUCAAGUCGCUGACGCAAUACUUACUGAAGAUGAAAGACUGGAGUUCAGCAAUAAGAGAAGAUGAUGAUGCUGAAGAUAAUCACUGGGACACGGAUAUAAAGGGUGAAACGGAGAAUGGAGAGCAUUUAGAUGAUCAGCAAAAACGAACUGUAAAGAAAUUGAUCUAUGCUGCAAAGUUAAAUGCUUGUUUAAAGACCCUGGAAACGGAAAGAGAUCAAAUGUAUUCAAAGCUGUCUGAUGAAAAUAAAGUUAAAGGAGAACUUACAGAACGUAUAGAAAACCUUCAAAGUGAACAAGCUUCCUUGCAGUCUGAAAAUGAACGUUUUGAAACUGAGGUUCAAAAGCUUCAGCAGAAACUUAAAGUAAUGACUGAGCUUUAUCAAGAAAAUGAAAUGAAACUACACAGGAAACUGACAGUAGAAGAGAGAGAACGCCUACAGAAAGAAGAAAAGCUUUUGAAGGUAGAUGAAAAAAUUAAUCACGCUGCUGAAGAACUAAACAGCUACAGACAGCGAGCAAAAGAUCUUGAAGAAGAGCUAGAAAGAACCAUUCGUUCUUAUCAGAAUCAGAUUACUUCACAUGAGAAAAAAGCUCAUGAUAAUUGGCUGACAGCCCGAGCAGCUGAAAGACAUCUCAAUGAUAUAAAAAAAGAAAACGCUCAUAACAGACAAAAAUUAACUGAAACAGAAUUUAAACUUGACCUUUUAGAAAAAGAUCCUUAUGCGCUUGAUGUUCCAGUUAGACCAUUUGGCAGAGAGCAUUCCCCAUAUGGACCCUCACCAAUGGGCCGGCCUUCAUCUGAAACAAGAGCUUUUCUUUCCCCUCCAACUUUAUUGGAGGGUCCUUUAAGGCUUUCACCUAUGCUUCCAGGUGGAGGAGGAGGAAGAGGAUCCAGAGGACCAACUGCCAUGUAUGAAGCUGGUAAUGAAAGAGGAGAGCCGAGUUCUGAUAGAUUAACUGAUCCCCACAGACCGCCAUCAGAUACUGGAUCCCUGUCCCCUCCUUGGGACAGGGAACGCAGGAUAAUUCUGCCUCCACCAGUUGAGCCUUACACUGAUCCAGUUCUUCCUCCUCGAAGACAAGAAAGAUUUUUCCCCAAUCCUCCAAAUACUGGAAGACUCUCUGGACCAGCAGAACUACGAACUUACAACAUGCAGUCUUUUGAUAAACCAGAUGGACAAACAUCUUCAGAAAAUAGCCCACAAACAGAACCAAGUGGAAAUGGGAUGAAAGAUCAUUCUAAUGUUAGCAACUCACUGCCUGAUCAGUCGCUGGCAUCUGAAAGCGAAGCCAUCAGUUCAGGGUUUGCUCCUCCACCUUUCCCUCCAGUCAGACCCCCGUUGAUGCCUGUGGACCCUAGAGCACCUUUCAUGAGACGAGGACCUCCUUUUCCUCCCCCUCCUCCUGUUGGCAUGUAUGGACCACGCGAAUGUUUUCCAGUCCGAGACUUUGGGCCUCCACGCCCUCCACUGCCAAUAAGAAAUCCAUUUCCAAUGAGAUCUUAUCCUCACUAUCCACCUCAGCGACCGGGAUUUUUGCCUCCACCGCCACCUCCUGAAAACAGAGUCGAGCCACCUCAGCCAAAUCCAUCAGCUGUAGAGCAACCAGAACCCCAGCAAGAGACUUGACCGAGUCAUUUGAGUAACGUGCAGAACCGUUUCUGUACUCUUCUGAUGGCAUUUUUCCUUGCGUUAAGUAACCGUUGUUACUUAGGUAUAUAUAAACUACUUUGCUCAAAUUGAAGCUUAAUAGAAAAUUCUCAGGAUAGUAUUUUGUAAAUAAAGAAAUAACUA